GGGUCGUAUUGGUGAAUGGGGUCACAGUUUCGGCCGCCAGGGCCGCCCCGGGUCGCGCUCGAGGGGCGCCCGGGCGUCCCCGGGGCGCAGGGGCGGCCGCGCGGCUCUGCCCGCCCGUGGCACGACUGCCGGGCGCCAGGCUGCCAUUUUGUCACCGUGGCUGUUGUCGCUGCAGGGGAGGGGGCGGGCGGGAGCGCAGCCUUGCGCCAUCACCCCGCGGGGCCCGGGCGUGCAGGCGGCGGGGAGCCGGCCCCGGGGGACCCCCUCGCCCCCGAAUUGCGUGCGGGCUCCCCUGGCCGUGCCCCGUGGGCGCGGGCGGCCCGAAGCGUGGCCGGGAGGGCGCCCGGCGCGGUCCAUCCCCCACCGGGCCCGGCUCCCACCGCGCGCCCUCCCCCCCGCGGCAAUGCAGGCCCGCGGGACCCCGCGCCGGGGGCUGCGGGCGUGCCGGGGGGCGCGUGGGCAUCCACGGGAGGGUGCUUCUGCGGGCUGGGGGCGCUGCAGACCGGCGGCCCCGGCGAAGCGCGGGACAGCGGCCGCCCAGCCCGGGAGGGACCGCGGCUGGUGCGUUGGGAAACGCCCUCGGUCGGGGCUGGGCCCUCCGGGAAGGUCAAAGAGCUCGUCCUGGACAACUGUCGGUCGAAUGACGGCAAAAUUGAGGGUCUCACAGAUGAAUUUGAGGAGCUGGAGUUCUUAAGUACGAUCAACGUCGGACUCAGCUCAGUCGCAAACUUACCAAAGUUAAACAAACUUAAGAAGCUUGAACUAAGCGAUAACAGAGUCUCAGGGGGCCUGGAAGUAUUGGCAGAAAAGUGUCCGAACCUCACGCAUCUAAAUUUAAGUGGCAACAAAAUUAAAGACCUCAGCACAAUAGAACCGCUGAAAAAGUUAGAAAACCUCAAGAGCUUAGACCUGUUCAAUUGCGAGGUGACCAACCUGAACGAUUACCGAGAAAACGUCUUCAAGCUCCUCCCGCAGCUCACGUACCUGGACGGCUACGACCGCGACGACAAGGAGGCGUCGGACUCGGACGCCGAGGGCUACGUGGAGGAGGGCUUGGAGGACGACGAGGAGGACGAGGAUGAAGAGGAAUAUGACGAGGACGCCCAGCUAGUGGAAGACGAGGAGGAUGAGGAUGAGGAGGAAGAAGGUGAAGAGGAGGAUGUGAGUGGCGAGGAGGAGGAAGAGGAGGAAGGCUAUAACGACGGGGAAGUAGAUGACGAGGAAGAGGAAGAAGAAGGACCUGGUGAAGGAGAGAAGACGCAGAAGCGGAAACGAGAACCGGAAGACGAGGGUGAAGAAGAUGACUAAGUGGAAUAACCUAUUUUGAAAAACAAACAAACAAAAAUUCCUAUUGUGAUUUGACUGUUUUUACCCCGUCACCCCUCCCCCCCAAAUCCCGCCCCCCGAAACUUAUUUUUUUCUGAUUGUAAUGUUGCUGUGGGAACCAGAGGGGAAAAGUGUACUGGGGGUUGUGGGGGGAGGGGGGAGGGGGUGGAAUAAAAUACUAUUUUUACUGCCACUCUUUAUUUUUUUUCCCCCCCUCUCCCCCGACCUUCCUCUCCUUUUUCUUUGUGUCUGGUUUGGUCCCGGUACACGGCAAGAGCUGAGGAACGCCUCUGGCAUGCGCCACGUGCUCCCCCUCUCAGGGGCCGCUCGCGAGGGCCCCAAUAUCUCUUGGUGUUGUCCGAGUCUCCGGAGAGCAUGGGGAGGCCCUGGCUGGCCCCGGUUUGGUUUCCUAGAGCCCAGGAGGGGCUGAGCUCCAGCCUCGACCUACCUCUUGUCCUGGGCCCCCGAUCUCUGCGGCCUGCGGCCCCCGGCGCUCUGGUUUGUAAAUAGCGACCUCAAGGCACUGGUGUGUGUGUCUGGGGCGGGGGUCCCCAUCUCCCGCCCCUUCCCGGUCACAGAUGGUGGUGGCCCCUCUCUCCUGAGAGAUGCGUCACCCCUGGAGCUGUGGGCCAGAGAGCAGGCCUGGGCGGGCCCCCGGCUCUGGGGCGAGUGCGUUUGGCAAUUCCUUUCCCAGGGAAGGAGUAAACCUCGGACACAGCCUCUUUGGGAAAUCUCGAAAGCGCCGUCCUCUUGGUUCUGGGAAAGAUGAGCGCCCUCGGGGCCCCACGGUGCCCAGGUAGCCCGUCCCCCUGUGCUCCGUGCUCGGCUCCCGCUGACAAGCUCCCGCGUGGGCAGGCGGCGCUUCCCAAGGUUGGCGGGGGGCUCUUUUUCAUACACCCGAGCACAGGGGGGCGGGAAGGGGGAGAUAAGCGCAAAAUUGUAUUUUCUUACUGAGUGGGAAUCCCGAAAUGACUGCAAACUCCCGGCGAGCGUGCUGGUCGGUGUCCGUCGGUCCGGAUCCCCUGGGGAGCUGCGCGCGGACUCCCGCCACCCCGACUCGUCUGUGUAAAGCGGCGCCUGCACCAGGUCUUCUCCGCCCCCCUCAGAAGAGCCAAACUUUGAGUUUUAUGUCUGUUUGUCAUUGAUAAAUUUCAAUAAAUCUUUUUAUACAAGU